CAGCAUCACAGUGACAGAAUACAUAAAACUGAAAGCAAUAUUUCACAAUCAACUGUGUAACCCGUGUUAAUGUUCUACAUAUAUUGAGUGAUCGGUAAUUAUUUGAAAAAGUUAUUCGUUUUUGAAAAUUGAACGUGAUAAUUAGGUAGGUAUUCCUAAACCAUAAUUCAUUUUCAAACAGUCAACUUUCUUUUUUGAGUGUCGCAUGUCGGUAGUUUGAAAAAUCAAGAUGUCGUCUGAAGAAUCAUUUUGUGGAGCUACAUUAGAGAAUCUUGAUUCUUACUAUUCGGAGAACAUACAAGAUUACAUAGAUAUACCAAUAUGCAUAAUCGGUGUGAUUUUUAACAUAUUGAACAUCCUGGUGUUCACAAGGAGGAAUAUGAAAUCACCGGUGAACCUAAUUUUCACUCAUUUGGCGAUUGUAAGUUUAUCAGAGCUGUUGGCGUAUGCAUCUUUCAUAUGGGUAAGGGUACACAUUGCAUAUUAUAGUAAGAGAACAAACUACGAAGAAUGGACUUAUACACGAGCAUGGAUUUCGAUGCUAAGCUCAGAAUUGCUAAACAUUUCUAACCGCAUAUCAGUGUAUAUUGUAAUGAUGCUAGCAAUAUGGAAGUAUAUAGCUGUAUUUCAUCCAUCAAAGGAAUCUCAAUGGUGCAAUAUGAAAACUACACGUUACACUGUGGUAGCUGGUUAUAUCGUAUGCAUUUUGCUUUUUAUACCGGAGUAUCUGUCACCUUAUAUUUAUAAACGGGCCAUAGGUCCGACGACAAUUUACAUAUUUAGUAUUGAAAUUGAUUCCAUCAUGUACACUGCGUCACAAGUUAUCAAAAUAGCGUUGCAUGAAUUAUUACCAUCACUUGUGUUACCAAUAUUAGGUGUUAGAUUGAUCGCCACACUAUGGAUGAAAAAAGAACACCCAACUCCUUCUUCAAAUGUUGAAAACAGCACAGACAAUGUCGAAAUGAAGCGACAAACCAAUCGAUCAAUAAUCAUAUCGAUGAUAAUGGUGGCCCAAUGUUUAAGUUUCGUGAUUCCAACAGGAUUACUCGACCUAGCACGAUAUACCGUUCUUGCAGAAUAUUAUUUUUCAAUUCAUUUCAAAUGUACUAACAGCUUCUAUGUAAUACUCAAUAUUUUAGAAUGCAUUAAUAAAUGUAUUACAUUUAUAGUAUAUUACGCCCUGGACCGAGACUUUAAAGUCACAUUUAAAUCUUUGGUCAACAAAAAAAAUGCUGCUGUUUGGAAACUAAAUUACGUUUCUUCGAGCAGUACGAGAGGGAAUGAUGGAAGCUUAGAAAUAGAUCGAAUUUAAUCAAGUGCUCAGAUCCAAUUAGAUCUGACCCGAUCGGAUUAGACCUGUGCAUAUUUUUCAUUCAAAAUGCAUGUGUUUUAGUGUCUGUUUAGAGAAAAAUACGUAGCUCGCUAUAAAUAGAUAUUGUAUAGAUUUAAGCUAUUGGAUUCAUGUUUCAUGUACGUACCAAUAUGUCAUAUUUUUAUGUAUCUUCUUUAUCAUUAAAAAAUAUAUUCAAAUAAACUGAGCCUUUACGUAGGUAAUUAUUAGGUACCAAAACCAAUCAGCCAAUUGUUUGUUUUUUUCAUAGUUUCGAAACGAUAUGUCACAAAAUAUUUUGCAAUCUUUUACAUUUUGACCAAAAUUAUGAAACUCUCCACGCUCCCUGUCCUAGCUUCCAUCAUGGUUUUCCUGAUCCCAUCACGAAAAUGUCACAGCUGUGAUAUUAUAAAAAUAUCGUGAAAAUGUACCCAUGCUUCCUGGUAUUUAUUUAUUUAUUUAUUUUAAGUUAAUUUAAUUUAAUGAGCCAUAUACAGCAACUUAUUGGCUAGAGGCUCGUAUUUACGAGUGUAAAGCUUAAAAUUAGGUUACACAAGAAAUAUAGUCAAGUACAUAUGUACAUACAAUUUCAA